AUGGAUUACGAGACGCUCAAGGAGCAAUGGAGCGAGGUCGAGGACCGCGAUGGUGUCCGUCUAAGCUGGAAUGUGUUUCCCAGCUCACGUAUGGAAGCCUCUAGACUCGUCGUGCCCAUCGGCGCUCUCUAUACCCCGUUAAAGGAGAAGCCCGAUACUCCUCUACUCCAUUUCGAGCCCGUUACAUGCAAACAGCCCUGUCGCUCUGUAUUGAACCCGUUCUGUCAAGUCGAUGUUCGUGCCAGAGUUUGGAUCUGUCCUUUCUGCCUUUCGAGAAAUCAGCUUCCACCUCACUACAAGGACAUAACUGCAAACGCUAUCCCCCCCGAACUUCACCCUGCGAAUACCACGAUAGAAUAUCGCCUCUCACGACCUGCUCCCGCGCCCCCGAUCUUUCUCUAUGUCGUCGAUAUGUGCCAGGAGGCUGACAGCCUCGCCUCUUUGAAAGAAUCGCUUGUGAUGAGUUUGAGUCUGCUUCCCGAGAACGCUCUUGUUGGUCUCAUCACUUAUGGCACAAUGGCUCAUGUCCACGAGAUCGGCUACGAGGAAUGCGCCAAGUCCUAUGUUUUCCGAGGUAGCAAAGAAUAUGCUGCGAAGCAAGUCCAGGAGAUGCUUGGUCUAUCAUCCUCCGGCGUACGACCCGGCUUGCAACCUCAGCCCGGUCGCCCAUUCCCUGCCGGCCCGGCAUCUCGCUUCCUCCUCCCUGUCCAGCAGGCCGAGUUCCAGCUGACCAAGGCUCUCGAAUCCCUUCAAAAGGACCCCUGGCCAGUUGCGAAUGACAGACGUAACCUUCGAUGCACCGGAGUUGCCCUCAGCGUUGCCGUCGGUCUUUUGGAGUCAUCUUUCCAGAAUGCAGGUGGGCGCAUCAUGCUCUUUGCUGGAGGCCCUGCUACUGAAGGCCCUGGCAUGGUCGUGGGGCCCGAGUUGAGAGAGCCUAUCCGAUCCCACCAUGAUAUUGAUCGGGACAACGUUAAGUAUUACAAAAAGGCUCUGAAGUUUUACGAGAACUUGGCCAAACGAACGGCACACAAUGGUCACAUUAUUGACAUUUUUGCUGGUUGUCUGGAUCAGGUCGGUCUCCUCGAAAUGAAGGGCCUAUGUAAUUCAACCGGUGGUCACAUGAUUCUGACUGAUAGUUUCACUUCUUCCAUGUUCAAACAAUCAUUUGUACGAAUCUUUGAGAAGGAUGGCGAUGAUAAUCUACUCAUGGGUUUCAACGCAGUGUUGGAAGUUCUGACCACAAAGGAACUGAAGGUCACAGGUCUCAUUGGACACGCAGUCUCUCUCAACAAGAAGUCGAUCUCUGUGGGCGAGACUGAAUGUGGAAUUGGCAACACAUGUUCUUGGAAGAUGUGCGGCAUCGACCCCAAAUCGAGCUACGGUAUCUACUUUGAGAUUGCCGGCCAAGGUCCUGCCACACAUCAACAAGCACCGCAGAAGGGCAUGAUGCAGUUCCUGACGUACUAUCAGCACUCGUCGGGCCAGUUCCACCUCCGCGUCACGACUGUCGCCCGCAACCUUAGUAGCCCUGCUGGGGACCCAGCAAUCGCGCAGUCCUUCGACCAAGAGGCCGCCGCUGUCCUCAUGUCACGAAUUGCCGUGUUCAAGGCCGAGGUUGAUGAUGGCCCUGAUGUCCUACGCUGGGUUGACAGAAUGUUGAUUCGCCUCUGCUCCAGAUUCGCGGACUACAGGAAAGAUGAUCCUUCAUCCUUCCGACUGGAGAAGAACUUUACGUUAUACCCUCAAUUCAUGUUCCAUCUCAGACGAAGCCAGUUCCUGCAGGUUUUCAACAACUCUCCAGAUGAAACAGCCUUCUACCGCCACGUGCUCAACCAUGAAGAUGUUAGUAACUCACUCGUGAUGAUUCAGCCAACCCUGGACUCCUACACCUUCGACCAGGAUGGCGGCCAGCCAGUUCUUUUGGAUUCGGCCUCUAUCCAACCAACUCACAUUCUGCUUCUCGAUACUUUCUUCCACAUUCUCAUCUUCCACGGUGAAACAAUUGCAGAGUGGAGAAAGGCUGGCUACCAAGAUCAAGAAGGUUAUGAGAACUUCGCUGGUUUGUUGGAACAACCCAAGGAGGAUGCUCGCGAUCUCAUCACUGACCGCUUUCCUCUUCCUCGAUUCAUUGUUUGCGAUGCUGGCGGUUCUCAGGCUCGAUUCCUCCUGUCCAAGCUUAACCCAUCUACUACACACACCACUGGUCCAUAUGGUGGUGUAGGAGCCACCACUGCUCAGACAAUUUUCACAGACGACGUAUCUCUACAGACCUUCAUGGACCACUUGAUGAAGCUUGCUGUGAGCGGUACCAAUUGA